AUGUCGGAGCGGACGAUGACAGUGGACUUCGUGGUCGACCAUUUGAAGCAACAGUUACGGGAUCUCAACGAGCUACACACAACGGAUGAUCUAUGUAAUCUGACAAAACACAGCAGCAGCAUGGAAAAACAUUUACAAUUCUCGGAGCAAAACCUCGUGCAAGAAGAAGAAAUUGGACACGGAGCAUUCGGAAAUGUUUUUCUUGCUAAAAACAUUACGAAUAACAUGAAAGUGGCAGUCAAGCGAAUGAGUAACCAGAGAAAGGAGUUCCAGAAAUAUGCAAUGAUAACGGAGAAUCGCAUCAACACACUUUCGAACAACAGGAAUAUAGUGCCCCUGUUUGGAUAUUACCAAACAGACGGAUUCUUUCACAUCGUAAUGCCAUAUUACGUGAACGGCUCAUUGAAGAACUUUUUGGACAAAGUAGGAUCCAUCAGAAUUGAGAGUGCCAAAAUCAGAAUUGAGAGUGCCAAAAUUUCUUCCGAAAUUCUGAACGGUCUAGUGUUUCUUCACAUGAAAAAGGUCGUUCAUCGUAAUCUGAAACCUGGGAACAUCCUCAUUGGAGAAAAUGGUGAGAUGAGACUCACAGAUAUCGCAAUGGAGGAGUUCCAAAAAAGAGUUGAAGGGAAAUCCGAUACGCUCAAUUAUAGGGCCCCAGAAGUCAUCAAGGCACGGAAACUGAGUUAUGCAGUUGACAUUUGGUCUUUUGGGUGCAUUGUUUACGAGCUACUAUCCGGAGAACUUGCAUUUGACAACAAGGAUGAAGGUAGUCUCAAAAAGAUGAUUUGUGCUGGCGCCUAUACAAUGCAUGGAAAAGUACCAGCUUCGGCGACUACUAUCAUUGCCGAUUGUCUGCAGAAACAACCCUCAAAACGUCCGUCGUCUCAAGACUUAUACUUCCAUAAAUGGAUUGCUGAGUCUGCAGAAGAGUCAGAGAAAAAUAGAAAGAUCGAGGCAAUCAAUCUGGCUCUGGGCAAAAUGACAAUCAAGACUGAGAAGAUUACGACUCGUAACAUCGUGAACAUGCCAUUGGUCAGGAGUAACAAGCCAGAAAUCCAUGACAGUCGAUCGGAAAACUCAAAUUCAGCAGACAGUAAAUCGACGAUGAGGUUGCGGAACAAGUCACGCGUUAACUACAAACAAUAA